UCUAUCAGUUAAUGUUUAUGUUUAACAUUUGUUUGAUUUAAUUUUGUAACAUUUCAAUUUCAAAACAAUAACUAAAAUCUCUGAUAGUGCUCAUGAUUUAGUGCUUAUUUUUAAAUUUAAUUAAAUUACUAUCAAAUCCUGGUGAAGGAAUUAAAGCAUUUGGAUUUUUGAGAUUUAGCAUGUCUCUUAUAACGAAGUUGUUACCCACACUGAGAAAUGGGCUUAAUCGCAUUAUCAACCCUGUUCUAACUCAAUCUAGCUCUUUUCCGUCAUUAUCACUAACUUCUUUGAUUGGUCAAACUUCCAUUAGACCAAUAACCAGAGAGGAAUGUCGUGUUAAAUAUGGUAAACUUUGGGAAAGAUGGGAAGAAAAGAAAUACUUUAUGUUCAAGUUGCAGAAAUGGCACGAUCAAGGUCCGAUCAAACCUAGGAGAAGAAAUCACCCUUUGUUAUCGAAUCCGCAAUUACGAGGAAUUGUUAUCAAAACUUUGAUAAAAAAACCUAAGAAGCCAAAUUCUGCCAAUCGUAAAUGUGUUCUGGUCAAGUUAUCCACCGGAAGAGAAGUAAUUGCAUAUGUCCCCGGAGUUGGUCACAAUUUGCAAGAACAUAGUGUCGUUCUAGUUAGGUAUGGACGUACUCAAGAUGUUCCUGGUUUAAAGAUUAAAGUAAUUCGAGGAGUGUAUGAUUGUGCUCCAUUAGUCAGACAGUCUCAGAGACCCGGUUAAUUCUGUUAAAUUAAUGUUAUCAUAUGUGAAUUAGUGCAAAACAUAAUUUUGCAGUUUAAUAAAGUGAAUUGUGAAAAAAUUGGAUGAAAAUUCUUUCAUGACAAUUCAAGUUUAAUUAUUUA